UAUUAUCUCACUCAAGGAAAAAAAUACUAAAGGUGACUGAAAUUCUGAAACAGUUUCAGAAAAAUACCAAGAGAAGGCAGAAAGCAAAAGCCAUGGCCUGUACUGUGACCCAGCUCCCGUCAGCCAUCCCGCUCGAUGUGAAUGGAGACUCGUUGUACAAGACAAUGAACGCAGACUUUGAAGAUGGUGUAGGAUCUGAGGCUACCCCUUCAUCCUCUCGCUCUUCAUCUCCCCCCGAGGUGAUUACCACCUGUGAACAUGACCAGCUUUUGACUGUGGAUGAUGAUGAUAUGUUAUCCGAUGACGGUCCUUUUUUUGAGAAUUGGAAUCCUUGCUUGUAUUCCUUGCAAUUGAAGGCUCCCAAGUCUCUUCCUCUUCCAACUGAAUCCAGUAUCACUGAGACCGAGUUUCCAGAACAGCUUCAUCAUUAUGGUCCAGGGUAUCAUGGAUUGAUAUCAAAGGCAGACGCUGUUGAGCUACUCUUUGAUAAACCUUGUGGAACUUUCCUUUUAAGGAAGACAAUGUCUGAUAAAGUUUUUUUAUCGUUUAAUUAUAAUUCUAGAACGUACCAUUACUCUGUUUCAUACAAUGAUAAUGGCAGCCUCACUUAUGACGAUAAAGACUAUGGAAGCAUUCAAGAGCUACUGAAUAACAGUCUAAUACUUCUUUAUGUCGAGGAUAAUGAGAAUAUUGAUCAGAAGCUAGCGCAAGGACAGCAGCAGCAGCAAUCAAGUACUCAGUCAAGCAAUUGGAAGAGACGCCGUCACGCACAAUACAAGAGGCGUGGCAAUGGGCGGGGUAGGAGAGGACCGGAAUCACAAUCAUCAGUCGACUCUGCUUCCUUUGAUUCUACAGACGGACUCUCAUCUGUCCCAUCUCUCGGCUCGCUAGCAGAAGACCCGCCCACUAUUGAUGUACAUGUAUCUAACUUGGACCACGGACAAAGAGGAGGACUGACCAGGGACAAAGGGACGAGACAAAACGGAAGCACUAAGAGUGAGAGACUCACGAGUACAACCGCCAACCUUCUCGGCCUACCACGGAGUGGCAGCGCUAACUCUAAGAAUAAAUCAGACUCAAAGAGCAGGUCUACUGGCGAUCUCACUGGCUUAUUAGCUACUCUAGUGCAGGCUACAGUAGCCACUGAAGGCAUAUCUAUAUCAAGGAGGAAUUCGUCAUCAUAUGAAAAACCGCAUAACUUCUCAUUAACUACCUACAGGAGGGCAACUUGGUGUGACUUGUGUCAUCAUUUUAUGUGGGGCCUUGUUCAUCAGGGAAUGUCAUGUCAAGAUUGUGGUAUCAACAUUCACAAGCAGUGUCAUGAAGCUGCCCUGAGUCACUCUGACUGUAUUCCUAGUAGAAAACUAAUCAGGAAAGUUUUUGGCAUUGAUCUUACUACACUUGUGAUGGUAGAGGGUGGGAGCAUCCCACUGAUAGUCCAGCAGAGUGUGGCAUUCAUUGAAAGACACUCCCUGGACUCGGAGGGAAUAUACAGACUCUCUGGUGCUACCUCCAAAGUACUGGACUUAAAGGAGAAAUUCAACGAGGGUGAGCCAGUUCAUUGGAAUGAGCUGAAUGAUUGUCACAUAGUGACUGGAUCAGUCAAACUUUACUUCAGAGAAUUACCCAACCCACUCAUCACCUAUGAUGUAUAUCCACUUGUCAUACAAGCAGUCAAAGAUUUCAAAGAUGAUGAUGAGUCAUUUAAUUCUAAUGUAAGACAAAUUCUUCACAAGGAAUUACCAAGAAGCCAUUACGAAACAUUACAAUUCUUUGUUCAGCACCUCAAUCUUGUUGCAAAGCACAGCGAUAUGAAUAAAAUGAAGUCACAUAACUUAGCUGUUGUGUUUGCUCCAACUUUAAUGAAGCCUGUCGAUGAAGACGGAAUGAACUUAGCUAGCAUACAGUUUCAACAAGCUUUUAUUAAAAAACUCAUUGAAAACUUUGAUGACAUCUUUCGAUAAGUAAAACCAAUGAUAAUUUGUGUGAUGUAUUAUGUGUUUCAUUUUAAAAUUAAUUAAUCA